CGGGCUGGCUUGGCGGUGCAUUAUCUUAUCACCGAAAUCAAUCUUUGACUAGCUGGGCUCAGCGGUUUCUUCCGCCUUCGCCUGUGAGAGGUCUCAGUGUCACCUCCUACCGCCCCCCUCUGGACGGGAGGAGCAGCGCCUCGUCUUACAUGCUGUUGCUAGGAUACAGAGCAUUACAGUGUAGCUGUAAGAUCAAAAACGCUGCAGCAAAGUAACUAAAGUUAAAGUUAUUAACGUUGUUAACGUGAGAAGAGUGAUAAUCAACAAGAUGACUGCAGCAUCCUAUAAAUUUGAUGAUGGACAGAGAUAUCCUGCCCAAUGUUUCCCCGCCCGGACAUUACUCCAUCGAAGAAAAGAAGGUGCUGGUCAUUGGCUUGUGGAUUACAGGAAAGCAGAGGAGCAGAAAUACAACAAUGUGCACAGAAGAAUAAUAGAGACUUACAAUGAAUGUGAGAACAGGGAGGCCGAUGCUCCUCAUGGUAACACGUUAGAUGGACCUUUCCUGCUCCAGUUACAUCGUGUUGACAAGCCGUCUGAGCUCUGCUCGGUCGACAUCAGUGAGCAGAAACUGAAUUCUGUCAAGACAGAAGACCUCGAGGUGUUUGACAAUGUGGCUUACAUCGACGCGUCUGUUAACUCCCUCUCUUUAGAGUCUUUCAGCAAUUUAGUUUCUUUAAGAGAACUCAAUCUGUCAUUAAACGGGCUUUGCAACAUGACGUUUCAAGCUGCUGACUUCCCUCAUCUCGAGGUUUUAGAUUUAUCCUACAACAGUUUGUCGGCUGAUGAUGUUGUUUCCUUUGGUCGCCUUCCACGUCUAAAAGUCCUUCAUCUGACUGGAAAUCAGCUUCAUCAUCUUCCUCCUAAUCUGGGUUCUUCCAACGCCACCCAACUGCCAGCUAAAGAAGAAGACACACAGUUUAAAGCUCUUGAAGUCCUGAUGCUUGAUGAUAACAAACUGACUUCUGGAGUCUUCAACAGUCUUGCAAACCUCAAGAGGCUAAAGUAUUUAAACCUGCAGGGGAACCGCAUUUCUGAAAUACCGUGUUUGCAACUAAUGGACUCUUUGAAACCUUUGGAGACUUCUGCUGAAGAAGAAGUGGGACAUGCUUCCACUGAGCCAAAUCGUAACACCGAUGAACAUCUCAAGAGACUCUCAGAGCAGGAAAACUGGGAGGAGUGCUGCAGAGCAUCCAGUGUGCCACUACCAGAGCUUCAGUUCCUCAAUUUAUCCAACAACAAGAUUGCCAAGGAAGAAGCGCUGAUGGCUGCCGCUCUUUUCCCAGUUCUUCGAGAAAUUGACAUUUACUCCAACCCUCUGACCACGCAGAGAAGUGGAGACCCUCCUUUACUGACCCAUUACCUCCAAGAGCGACUGGGGAUAACAAUAAAGCGUAAGAAGACACAGGAAGUCCUUAAGCUCCCACUGAAGGUGUCAACAGAUCCAAAAUGGAAGGUGGAAGAAAGAGUCCCAAAGGUGUCAAAGAAGUCACUGUUGAUGGAUGUUCCUUGUCGUGCUCCGGGUGAGGAAAGUGAGGUGACUCAUAAGAGAACGCCAGAAUCUGAGGGUGAGAAUAGCGAAGACGACACCUUCCAGGAAAACACAGAGCACUUCUUUGUUACUCAGGCAACAGAUGUUUGUGAAUUUGAGUUUGAUCUUCGAGCUGAUGAGAAAGAAACUGCAGAAAACAAGGACAGAAACAAGGACAGAGUCAUUCCUGAAGAAUUCACGAGCCACGAAACGUUGAUGGAUGCAAAACCAAACUGUGAUGUGGUGGAGCCCGUUGGAAUUCAAACAGCUGUUCGGAUGCUGGAACACACACUGAAGAAUCUUAAUGUUUACAGAGACUCGAAACCAAAGCUUGAUUGCAUCCAGACACCGUACAGAGAAAGAGAGAAAAAGAUUAAGCAACUUCCACCUUUGAAACCAAUAAAGCAGCCAACAGAGAGGGUUGAUGAAAUGAUCAAGGAAAUCAAAGAGAGUACAGCCAUAAAAGCAGUUCCCUUAAGCAGCGCCAUACACGGCACAGGCGUUAACAAGCGGGAAGCUCUAUUGCUGCUGAGGGAUAUGAAAACAAAGUACAAGAUGGUACACAAGAAAACGAUGGAACAAGCAACCAGCAUUGAGUCUGAUAGAAACACCAACCAAAACAGAGCUGAAACUAUACCUGAAUUGCCUUGAAUAACACCAUGGAAAUGUCCACAUACAAUUGGUGUGAGUGGAAUUUAUGUGAAGACCAAUAUGUCAGAAAUAAAAGUAGUGGUGAGUGAAUCUUGCAUGUUGAUUGAUUAAUCAUAGAUGAAAUGAAACUGCCUGUAAAAAACAAAUGUAUUUAGUUAUCAACAACAAACCUAUAGUCUAGCCCAGUGGUUCCCAACUAAAACACACCUUUUUCUAUCAAUGAGUAAACUGAUGACUUCUGACUAAGUGGCGUAUUUUAUGGAUAUUUCUAUAUAUAUUAUAUUAAAUGCAAAACAACUGAUAAACUGCAUGAAUCCAAGUAGUAACCCAACGCAAUAAAUGCAGGACGAUUGUCUAAAACAGCAAUUUAGAGGAAUUUUGAAUUAUUUCUUGUGAAUACUGAAUCAUAGAUGAGUUUCCCUGAUAUAUUAAGGAACUUUAUAUACAAUUAUGUCUCUGUAUAAUCUUGUAACAAUCAUACAAUCAAACAAUUAUACAUACUAUAAUAGGGUUUAUUUUUUUUCUUCAAAGAAAUUAAUGAAAUGCUGAGAUACAGGCCCAUUGUGUAUAGUGGAGGUCCCGACCCCCAGAUUGAGAACCCCUGGCCUGAACUAUAGCAGGAGAAGCUACAGAGUUCAUUAGAAUGAAUGUCGAGUUGUGACUGGGUGGCAUCUGCUGAAACGACUGUCUGUCUGAUUAAUACUAUGUGACAAGGACUGAAUGAUGGUUUUGAGCAGCUGCUCCACCUCUGCAAUGACCAGAAUGCAUGCACAUCAACUGUUUGCCUCUUGAGUUCAGCUGCAGCAAUAAAACGUUGACUGGGGAGAGACAAUUUCAAGUGUUUGUGUACAUUUGUAUUCUGUCCAGGAAGAGGUUCCAGUGUUUCCUUUGGUUCAACCUGUCUCCAUAAACAUGACCUCGAACAUCGCAGCCUGUAGUUUGAUAUGUUUAAUUUCAAUAUUAGGCAACAGGCUGUGCUAAUUAGUGAGGAAGAAAUGGACUCCAGCACACGUCUCGUAAGCCUCCACCCUGCUGAAAUGUGCUGAAGCAAUGCCGCUUUAUACGUGACUGCUCUGACUUCCUUCUUUA